CUAUUUAUUUUCAUAUAUUGCAAAAUACCCAUUAGAUUAUUCAUUUCUGUCACAUGAGGAGGUUUGCUGUCAAUUUUGUUCCUUUUUCUUUUGCUAUUUAUUUUCAUAUAUUGCAAAAAUUUCUGAGUCACCCCUUGGUUGGUAGUGAUGAUUGUACUUUUGUAUCUUCUAGUUCUAGGCAUGGUCCAAUAUUAGCAAUUUAUUGUUAUAAAUACUCUCUUCUAUGUCUAGCUAAAGGUAAAUUCAAAAUUACUCAACUAUGCCUUGUACAAAUUAUGCAGGCUGCGUCACUCAAAUUCUGUUUUAGAAUUUACUAUGCAUGGCCUCGGAGUAAUUUUAUAGCUAUCUAUCAUCAUGAAAUCACUGCCUUCAAUGACGAACUCUUGCAUGCAACUUUUACGCUUGGUUUCCCCUUCUAUAGAACUAAAAGAAAAGUCGUCAUGGAUUUGAAAUUACUUUUUAAUCAAUUGGGUGAUUUCAAUGAGACUCGCUUUGUUACCACCUUUUGGAAUAAUUGGGUUUGGAGUGAUAUCCUUCAUCUUGUUGAAAAAAGACCUGCUUUGGUUGAAUUUUAUCUAUCAAACCUUCAACUAUCAGUAGGGAAUGGGGGUAGAAUUCAUUUUUGGGAGGAUAAGUGGUUCAACAAUGUAUGCCUGAAGGAGGAGUUUCCUCGAUUGUAUAGCUUAUCAAAGGAGAAAGAUAGCACUAUUCAGCAGAUUUACCAGAGGAGGGGACAAUCUUAUGAGAGUGGAAUUUAAUUUUUAGAAGACCAUUGCUAGCAUGGGAAGAAGAGGAGGUAUUAAGAUUGCAUGACUUACUCAGGGAAGCACCUACUCUGUCUUUGGGGGCUGAGGACUCAUGUAACUGGCUGGCCAAUCCAGAAGGAUCAUUUACAGUAGCAGCAGUAUGGAAUUGGUGGAUGUAUUCAAAAGAUCCAACACUUAGUGUUACUAAGGUACUGUGGAAAAAUCUUGCUCCACCCAAGGUAAAAUUCUGUGGAUGGUUGGCUUGGAGAGGUAGACUUAAAACUGCAGCU